ACACAGGAGGAGGCUGUCCCCUUUCUCCAGCUGUCGUGGCGUCCACUGAUUGCAGGCGGUCUGAACCGGAUGAAGAGGGAGUGGGUUAUUCCUCACAUAAACUUUGCAGAAAAUGACCGGGGUCCAUACCCCAAAUAUAUGGUGGAGAUCAAGUCCAGCAAAGCCAGAAAAGUAGCCAUAACUUAUAAGAUCACCGGCCCGGGAGCAGAUGAGCCCCCUGAGGGUAUCUUUACCAUUGAUGAACGGUCUGGUGCGAUGUAUGUGACCCAGGCACUCGACAGGGAGAAAAAAGCCAGAUACAAACUCUGGGCUCAUGCCUUGUUAGAGAAAGAGAAUGCAGAGCAGCCCAUGGAGCUCAUCAUCAAUGUUAUUGACCAAAAUGACAACUCCCCAGAAUUCAACACAAGCGUCCUCACUGGCAGAGUGAGCGAAAGUGCUGACGUUGAUGAACCUGUCUUAAAGGUAACAGCAGAAGAUAAGGAUGAUCCAACAACAAAAAAUGCCAUAAUUAGAUAUCGAAUAAAAUCUCAAACGCCUACAAUGCCCAAAGAGGAAAUGUUUGCCAUAAAUGCAGUGAGUGGAGUGGUCCGUCUGAAGGAGGGAGGACUAGACAGAGAGACUCACCCAGAAUACAAGCUGAUCAUACAAGCUGCAGAUAUGGAGGGGGAAGGGCGGACUGCAACCUGCACUGCUGUCAUUAUCAUCACUGACAGCAACGAUAAUGCUCCAAAAUUUACCGAAUCAUCUAUGACCACAUCAGUCUAUGAAAACGCAAUAGGAGUGGAGGUAGCAAGGCUGAAGGUCACUGACAUGGAUGAGGCAGGAUCUCCAAAUUCCAACACCAAAUACUCCAUCAUCAAAGGCAAUGAAGGUGGAGCCUUUAACAUCACUGUUGGCCCAAAUAAGAUGGAGGGAAUAAUCACUACUGCCAAGGAGCUGGAUUUUGAGGGACUAUCUGUUUACAAGCUGUUGGUGGUGGUGACAAAUGAGGCACCAUUUUCUCUCCCUGUCCCCACUGCAACAGCCACCGUCACAGUGAAUGUCAUUGACAGGAACGAGGCUCCUGUUUUCAGCCCAGCUGAGGUGCAGGUAACACUCUCGGAGGACAUGAAAACUGACACUUCUGUGGUCGAACUCAAAGCUAAGGACCCAGACACAGCCAGAAAACAGCAAGUAAGAUACAAACUCUUAAAUGACACUGCCAGGUGGCUGAGCAACAACUCCAGCACUGGAUUGGUCCAAAUUGCAAGAAGCAUGGACAGAGAGUCGCGAUACGUCAUAGACAACAAAUAUACCGUUUUAAUUUUGGCAUAUGAUGAUGAUAUAAUUCCAGCUACAGGAACUGGUACUCUGGUGGUGAGCUUGUUGGAUGUGAAUGACCAUUUCCCUGUCAUCAAGCAGAGGAAAGCAAUUCUGUGCAACACUGACCCUUUGCCUGCACUCCUGGAUAUAGUGGACCUGGAUGGACCGGGUCAUGCUGGACCGUUUACUGUGGAGCUUAUAGCAGGGCAUAAAACGAACUGGACUGUUAAAAUCAAUCACACAAGCCAUGUUGUAUCUCUUUACCCCAAACGAGACCUACCUCCUGGAGACUAUAACGUUCUCAUGAGGGUUUAUGAUGUUGAAAUGCACUUCCAAGACAGUAGGGUGGCCGUAGAGGUGUGCCACUGUCAAGGAGUGGUGGAUGCCUGCUUCAUGCCACUCGAUGACAGACGUUCAAGCAUUCCCUCUUUUGCAACUCCUCUUCUAGGGACUGUUUUUGGUGUUCUAUUGCUGCUCCUGAUACUUCUGUUGCUGUUGAGAAAAAGGAGGGAUGGAGGAAAGAAGGAGCCUCUUCUUGAGUUGGAACGUGAUGACAUCUUCUGCUACAGCGAGGAGGGAGGAGGUGAAGACGACAAGGAGUAUGAUCUGUCACAGUUGCACAGAGGCCUGGACCAUCGACCUGAGGUCUUCAGUACGGAUGUUUUUCCUACUAUCCAGACUCGACCGCAAUAUCGUUUACAGAUCCAAGCCAAUGAGGAAAUCGGAAAAUUUAUUGAAUACAACCUGCAAGCUGCCAACGGUGAUCCCACAGCUCCUCCCUAUGAUUCUCUCCUUGUGUUUGACUAUGAGGGUGGAGGCUCUGAGGCGGAUUCUCUCAGCUCCAUUCAGUCCUCAGACUCAGAUGAGGAGCAGGACUUCCAGAGCUUGGCUCAGUGGGGGCCACGCUUCAGCAGACUGACAGACCUGUACACUGGGGGCAUAGAGGAGGAAGAUGAUGACGACCAAACACUGCCAGGAAAAACAGAAUGGGUUUAAAAAAGUCAAACAUGUCUGGGGAUCAUCUAAACGUCUAACAAUCAUCUCUGGCCUUUUAUUUUAUGUUUGUUUAGUUUUUGCAGAUGCUGUAUUUUGUCUUUAUAUUAUCUUUUUGUAAAUUUAAAAAUUAAACUCUUAAACUAAAAGAGCAGAUUAGAUAACAAUUGUGUUUGCUUGUUUUUGAUAACCUUUUAUUAUCACUUUGUUUUUCAUAUUUGAUUUGUGCUCAUAAGCUGUAAUGUGAUAAUCUACAGGACCUUAGGAAAGUAUCAUCAAGAGGACCUAUUCAAAUUUUACUACAGUAUAUCUUCAAAUUUCUAUGUAUUUUAGGUAGGUUUCAUGUUUUUGCAAAGACCUGCUGUCUGCAACUUUAACUUUGUCUAAAAAUGAAAAAUAUUUAGGAGAACUUUUAAUAUUUAAAGGCAAAAAUAGCCCAGAAUACUUUGCUUUUACAUUUUCUUCCUAGGUGUUUUCAUGCAAUAAUAUUUUUGCAAAG